CAACACUACUGAAUCUAUCUCAUCACAAUCAUUCUCAAUAUAUUUCAGGUUUUUGCACAAAUUCUCAAUUAUGGCGUUGAACAACGUUAACAUUCUGACCGUGACAGUGUUGAUGCUCAUGGUGGUGACUUCAGAGAUGGUGGUGUUUGAAGCGGAGGCAGCAGGAGAGUGCGGGAGGACUCCGAUAGGGUCGGCGGCGGCAAGCCUGGCACCGUGCCUGGCGGCGACUCGGAACGUGAGGGCGAGGGUGCCGCCGGCAUGUUGUGCCAGAGUAGGUGCCAUGAUUAGGAUGUCUCCGAGAUGCCUCUGUGCAGUGCUGUUAUCACCCAUGGCACGGAGCGCCAGGAUUAAUCCCGCCAUUGCUGUUACUGUUCCAAAGCGAUGCAACAUCAGGAACCGACCUGCUGGCAAGAAAUGUGGAAGAUACACCGUUCCCUGAAAUGAGAAGCAAAGGGUAACGUUUGCAGAGAUAUAGAGUGGUGAAGGAGGAGGAGAUCAGAGAGCUCAAUAAGCACUGUCGUCGUGUCACUGCUUCUGUACUGCGACAGUCGUCUCUUCGGAUAACUCAUAAUAUUCCGUGUUACGUUGUUGUUGAGUGUUUGUAUUUUGUGUGUGUGUGUCUUGCCUGUCUUAUGAUAAUUUAAAUGGAUACUGUUCCUUUCCACUUAAUCACCUUUGUUAUGAUAUGAUAUGACCUCAUAUACAGUUAGGUGGGCCCAGUGUAUUCCAGAAUAUUUACUGAAUAAUAUUAUACUUUAUAAAUUGUUUGGU